GAGAGGUUCCGAGCGGUUACGUCAUCAGAGUGCAUGAGUCAAUGUGGUGUUUUCUUCUGUCAGUGAUGAUCGCUGGGUAAAUGUCAAAAUUGGUUCAUUUUUAGUUGAGUAGCAGCGGUGGUUGUUCAAACUUUUGCGUGUGAGUGAAUUGAGUGCAGACUGCGUUGGAAUCACGGAUCAGUUUUGUGGGUUAUUCCGUGCCAAAAAACAUACAGCAUCCAAAGUGUGGACCAAUUUUCCUACCGCAAAUCUAAUUGAAAGAAACCGAUGAUCUUCGCCGAUUUACAGGUCGAAGACAAACAUUAUGAACGUAGGAGUGAGCGCAGUUGAAGGAGAAAAUGUUGGAAGGACUUGUGGCGUGGGUGCUCAAUAAUUACUUGGGCAAGUACGUGGAGAACUUGAACACCGAGCAACUGAGUAUCGCCGUUCUUAGCGGUGAAGUCGAAUUAGAGAAUUUACCGUUGAAACGAGAUGCCCUCCGUCAUCUGGGAUUGCCGGUGCAGAUCAAGUCCGGAUUUAUCGGAAAGAUCAAGCUGCAGAUUCCGGUGAGACAGAUCCGAUCGGCCCCAUGGAUCAUCCUCAUCGAGCAGCUGUACGUCGUCGCGACUCCUCUUCCUGUUCGGGAGUGGGAUGCCGACGUCGAGGCGGCAGCAGCCCUUGACCUUAAGCUGAGCGCCUUGGAUAAUUUGGAGGCGCGUUGGCGCUUGGAGAACGACUCCAGCAAUUCUACCUAUUACGCAUCCUCGUACUCGUCCUGGUUGAACUUCGGAACAGGUUUCAUCACGAAUAUAAUAGAAAAUUUACAGUUGAAAAUCCGCGAUGUACAUAUACGGUAUGAAGAUGACAUCAGUAUACCGGAUAAAGGAGUUGCGUUUGGGAUUACCAUGGAAUCGUUGUCGGCGCAGAGCUGCGAUGAAGAUUGGCAGCCCGGUUUCUCCUACUGGGACAGCUCUCCUGCGUCCUUUAAGAUUUUGGAGAUGCAAAAGUUGGCUGUUUAUUGGACAGAUCUGCCGUACAGCGAUUUACUAUCAACGAUGGAUCGGACGCAGUUGACGACUGCCAUGGGUCCGCAGAGGAAGGUCGAAGACAACUGUUACAUUCUGGCGCCAGUGAGCGCUCAAGCUAAGAUCAAGCGGAAUCGAAGCUUGAAUCCGCUGAGAUCUGCUGACUCGCCGCGCGUCGUCUGCGAUUUACAGCUGGAGGAGGUUCCUAUGGUCCUCGCCGAUUGGCAGUACGAUCAAAUUGUUAAAUGCACCAAAGGGUUGGACGAUAUCGCCAGGUAUAGGGCGUAUCGAAAUUACAGACCUACGUGUUCCGUUCACGAUAAUCCUUACUCCUGGUGGAUCUACGCGAUUAGCUGUAUGUAUCCUGGACAGCAGCCGAACAUUUGCAAACCAAAACCGAGCUGGGAGAUGUGUCAUCAUCGUGCUAAAAGUAACGUGGCUUACGUGAAGAUCUACACGAAAAUCCUGCUGACGCCUACAAUCACUUUGAGCACCGACGAGAAGAAUUUAAAAGAUGAAGUGGAGUGGUCCGGCAGCUUCGAGGAGCUGAAGGUGCUCCGGGAAAUUGCCAUGAAGAGCGUUCCAACUCCGGAUAGGAGCACUAACGGGAACAAUUCCGCUGGUCGGAGCAUGCUCGUUCGUUGGUUUCCUCAAUGGAUGGGCUGGUAUUCGCAACCUCCCGCGCAAGAAGACCAACAACAACCUCCGGUGGAAACAGCUCAACUCGAAGGAGAGAUUCUCCAAGCUCUUUCCGAUUCCGUGGAGAAUAAUUCCCUGCUAAAACGCGACGUCGUCUUUGGACGUUUUAGUUUCACCUUGAAAAGCGGAACGCUAAGUCUGUGCACAACUUACGAGAAAACUAGGGAAAGUAUACCAAUGUUGGAGUUGCAAUUCAAAAACCUCUGCCUGAACAUCGUCAGUCGUCCGAGAUCUUCGUCGCAUCUGGUGGAGUUGUCUUUGGGUGCGGUCUACCUGUGCGAUAAGUUCACUCCGAACACGUUGUUCCCGGUGCUGGUGGGUCCUCCGGGGACGGAGCGCGGUGGCCCUGCAGGUCGGGGUCGUGGGCCGAGUCCAAGGGUGAGCCUAGUCAAUAGACAGGCGGAUGAAAUGGAUUGCAUCUUCCACAUGAGCUACGAGCAAAAACCUGAAAAUUCUGGCUGUGAUUACAGAUUAUGUGUUAAAUCCAAAUCGUUGGAUGUGGUGUAUCAACCAUCGGCAGUCCGAUGGUUGACCGAGUUUCUAUGUCUACCUCAUCAAAGGACAAUAACGCAAUCGCAGAUCGAGGCGAUGAAGUCGCGUACGAAAAAGGAGUUCAUGAAGAAUUGGGAGCAGAUACUCGAUGGUCGAGCGUCGGCGCGCAAGAGCUGGGAUCUUCAGCUGGACGUCACCGCUCCGCAGAUAUUCUUCGUCGAGCAAUUCUCCAAUCCCAAUGCGGCUAUAGCCGUAAUCGAUUUCGGUCGAUUGCAGCUGAGGAAUAACGUCGAGGGCAUCGACUUGCUGAAAUCUGACGAUUCCCGAAAAGAAGAUGACGACGAGAUGUUCAUGACGCCGUGCUCGACGCCACCUGCGAGCGAAGAAAGCGAUUCCGAGCAGUUAACUUACAUGGAGAACAAUUUACCAGCGGACACUUUGAACGAGACGUCACUUCACCAGAAGAUUUACGAUCGUUACUCGGUGGAGCUUACCGACAUGCAGAUCCUGAUUGCAAGGGUCAAAGAUAAUUGGAGAUACGCGCACAACAAGGGCACUUCUACUCUUCACGUCUUGGAUAGGUUCAAUAUCUCUUUGCAGAUUGAGAGGAGGGUUAUACACACUUACGAUCCGCUUUAUCCGAGUCUCACUUUGAACGCUAAUCUACCUAAAUUGGUGGCGCACUUCAACGAGCAGAAGAUCUCUGCCGCUCGUAAAUUAGCGCAGAUCAUCACAGCAACAGGUCUGCCCUCGCCGUUCAAUUCCUCGGAGUGUAGUGUCGAGGAGACUGUUAUGAAUGGGAUUGAUGAAGAGAGCAUGAGUAACAAUACGACAAGCGCGGAGAUGUCAAGGCUGCUGAUGCUGCAGUUCACAGUCGAUCAUCUCGCCAUGGAAGUGCAAAGCAGAGGAAGGAGCGUGGCGGAGCUGCAGGUUUCAGGCGUCAAAUUGGGAUUUACGAAGAGACCAGUCGAUGUUAACAUAACGCUCUCCGUGCACAGUCUACUUUUAGUCGACGCUCUGCAAACUUUCGGACCAGAUUUUGAGCUGCUAGUCGCUAGUCAUAAACACGUCGGGAUGGAUUCGAUGUCUGGUAGUUUGAGGGACAGCGAGCCGACGUCGCCCACAUCUCCCGGUAGUCCCGAUCCAAACGUGACGAGAAUCGGCGCCACCUCUCCCGUAGCCCUCAACCAAGCCCUGUCCAGUUUGGCCACGUCUCCUCCGAAUCUUCCGUUCAAUCGCGGCGGUAAUCGCACCGCGAUACUCGACGCCGAGGCUUUGAUCAGUUUGGAUCUGCUUCUGGUCUUCGGAAGUGACCCGAUGCAAAUCGCCAACAUCCAGUUCAACAAUCUGGACAUCAUCGCCAAUCAGGAGACGAUCGUCGAGUUGAUGGGAUUCGUGCAGAGGGUUUUUCCCGAGUUGAAAUCGCAGAAACCGUCGGCUAUGGUCUCCACGCCGAUCGUUGCCUCGAGCGUUCACAGUUCGCGAGAAUCUUUAGCUGAAGAGGACAAUACACGUUUGGGAACCACCGAGAUCACCUUCGAUUUCCACAGACUCAACGUGCUGCUACUCAGAGGUGUCGUCAAAGAUGGCUACGUCUAUGGGAAGAAAAUCUGCACGGCCACCAUGAGCGAAGCUAAGAUCCAAGCCGUUGUUAAUAACGGCGUGACCAUUGAAGGUUCUCUAGGUGGUUUGCAAGUGCUAGAUUUGACGCCGGAAGGGCACAUGCACCAGAGGAUAAUGAGCGUAGGGCGAGAUCCUCUUCUGGAAAACACCCAUCCUCUUUACUUGAUGUCCGCCACCUCCACGCAGAACGUGGACGAGAGCAAAGCCUUCAGCUUCAAGAUCGUUCGAAGUCUUCAGCCGGACGCGGAUCGCGCCGAGGUCAUAGUUCGGAUGGCCUCGUUAUGGUACACUCAUUCCCCGCACUUCGUCGUUGAGUUACAAUCGUGCGCGACAGAAUUCAAACAGUAUAUGGCCAAUCUGGCUAGAUCCAUCAGGACUGCUGCCACGGAUAUGGCCUUGGGUUUGGUCCAUGCGAGGGCGGAAGCUUUGGCGCAAUCGAUCUACAUGAACUCGCGCCUUUCAGCUUCCAUCUACGGAAGCGCCCUAUCCUUCUCCGAUUUAACAUCUCCCAGGAGACGAAGACGCAGCAGCAGCCAGGACCAAUCAUUUUCCGGUUAUUCGUCGGUGAGGGACACCGUGCCGCAAACCCCAUACAGCCCCAACGAGGAUGACAACUUUAAAAUCGAUUUAAAAUUGGAUAUCGUCUUGGAUUCACCUGUCCUCGUGCUGCCUCGAGCCAACAACAGCUUUCAGGUUUUCGUCGCUCAUUUGGGUAACAUCAACGUUACCAAUAAACAUCCGUACGAUGGGUUUGAAGCUCGAGAGGUUCGCACCGAACAUUACGACAUCGAAGUGAGCGACAUGAAUCUGUUCUCUUUGGAUACCGUCACCAGACGAGUCCCUGGUCCAUUGAUGACUAGCCCGGAGAUCCUCUACGCUUGCGAUUCUCUUGCCAUCCCGAUUCUGCACGACACUAUCGUCAGGCUGAAGAUAUGCAGGGAGUUGCCGAAAAAAGUGGGAUCGCCUCAACAUAGCAUACCGAAUCUGCUGAUCGAUGAUGACGAAGAUGAUGAUGACAACGACGACGAAGAAGACAACGAGUAUAAUACUUUUGAAACCAUCGAGAUUCACGGAACUGUUGUCACAGAUUUAAAAGUCUCGUUGACGAGAGGACAAUACGAGCAGCUGCUGGAUACUGUUCAGUGGUUGACGUCUUCUCCAAAACUGGAUGACAUCCAUGGGACCAUCAAGAGCACUAGAGCUAAUCUCGCGGACAUCACCGAGGAGGAUACGGGAGUGACCACGUUGAACAUGGAUCCUCACGUCAGGGCUAAGCUUUUCCCAGCUGUGAACAUGCCCAAGAACUCUCCUGCAAAGAACAACCUGGUCUCGUUGAAAGUAAACUUUGAAUUGCCUGUUUUCACAAUGGAACUUAGAGGAGACACCCCGAUGGGUGAGCAAGGCUUAGUCGAUCUGUCCUUUAUCGAUUUCGGCUUUACAUACGAUAAAGGCAACGCUUACGAGACUAAUAUCCAUGUAUCGCUGAGGUCUAUUUACAUGGAGGAUCUUCUACAACGCGCGGGAUCCACGCAACGAGAUAUGGUGAUUUCUUCCGCCGGAGACGACGUCGCUCUUGGAUUGGCGUGCGUCUCUCGAUCUUGCCCGAACAUCUACGGAUUUGCGCAUGCCGGAAGCCCCGUCCACGGGUCACUGCCCGACCAUCUAGGUGUGAACGGCUUCAUGGAACGUUCCCAUACCGUUCACAUAGACGCAAUCACUGAUAACAGCAAGGCUUGUCCGUCUACGCCUCCUCCAAGUCCAUCGGUUAAGUCCCGACCCGUCAAGAAUCUAGUCUUAAUUAGCACGCUACUCGUAAAUCCUGCCGCUCCCAACUUCAAGACCCAUUACAAUUCCGUGCAACGAUCGACGUCCGUGGACUUCAACUGCUUGGACCUCGUCAUCAGCGCCGAAUCUUGGGUGAUGGUCAUCGAUUUCUUUAGCGCCGCACCAUCCGACGUUACAGAUUCUGCGUCUUCUAAGAGCGCUGGGAAGGAAGACAACUCGGAGAAAGAGACGAUUUUAGAAAACACUGAGACGAAUAUAAGUGUCAGGUCGUUGACCAUGGUUUUGGUGCGAGGCGAUAAGCAGGUGGCCAAAGCGAACAUCUCCAACGUGGACAUAUCCAUAAACGCGGAUGGUAAAAGGAAGGAAGUGGACUGCACUUUGGGUUCUAUAUCGCUCAUGGAUUUAACCAUGCACGGUCAUCUCUAUCGAGAGCGAUUUUUGACUACAGGGCGUGAAGCGCUCAAAUUCAGAUACGUUCGGCAUGGGUCGAGCGAGAUUAAAGACUACGAUUCUCAACUUACUCUCAACAUGUCUUCGGUGCAGUACGUGCACACCAAGAGAUUCGUGGUGGAGAUUCAAUCGUUCUUCAAUCAUUUCUCGCGAUUCCACGCGGUGAUGGCCGGAUUGCGAGCGGCAACUAGCGGAAAGAAGAUCAAAGAUGAAAUCGCCAGGUUGUCGCUUAUACUGGAAGCUCAAUCACCUGUUAUAUUGUUGCCGGUUAGCACGAAGAGCUCCAAAUUGAUAAUCGUAGAUCUGGGCGAGCUGAAGGUCACCAAUAGCUUCAAAUAUAGCGGGGAUGCUGGUACCAUUAGCGCUUUGGCGAAGAACUCUACGGAUCGCAAAUGCUUGUUAGACGUAAUGCUUUUGGCUUUGGACAACGUUAGUCUUCAGACAGGAGAACGCGAAGUCGAUUCGCAGGAGGCGCACCGAGGAGGCGAUUACUGCAAGUUAGGGAAUUGCGUCAUCCGCAGAUGCGGACCACCGUUGCUGACAGAAAAAUGCCACCUGAAGAUCCACGUGGAGAGGAAUUUGCAUUCGAGCAUUUGCCAUAACGUUCCCGACAUGAGCAUCCACGGAGAGUUAUCCACGUUGGAUUGCACCUUGGAUAUAUCUCAGUACAAAUUGAUCAGGGGAUUUUUGGCGCACAAUCUUGGGGAGGACACCGAGCAUAUCUUAGCAUCGGUGCAGCCUCCUCCGAUCACAGCUGACCCGAACAUCCAUGACGUUUGGAUUCUGUCUUCGCUCAGAUUGGAUCUGCUCAAUGUGACGGUACGGCUUCAGCAGUGCGAGACGAGCGAACCUUUGGCCUGCAUCAACUUCAUCAAGUCCCGUUUGACCGUAGAGGGUUUCAGCAACAUUAGUCAGGAUGUGGAUUUGGUAUCGCAGGAAAUUCUUAUUACGGAUACGCGCGGUGGUCCGAACGCCUUCACAGAAAUCUUGAAGCCGAUUCGCUCGGCGAAUCAUGCCGAUCUAGUGCAAGUAGAGGUGCACAGUCGCAAACGCGUCGACAAGUCAAAGUUCACCAUUCUACUGAACAAUAUGCGGCUGAUGUGCGUAUUCGAUUGGUGGAAGCUGGUCGGUGAGUUCAUCCUGCAGGACAUCGAGGAUCCUCCUGCAAGUCCGAGUCGGCAGCGCUCCAUGCAGAGCGACAAAAAGCAGGAUGGGAUUCCUUUCGAGCUGAAGUUGAACGUCACCGAUUCGGAGGUCGUCGUCGUUGAGGACACCUCGGAUUUCGAUACCAACGCUGUUAUUUUCAAGAGUACCACUGUGGUAACGUAUCGUUCGUCCAUGAUUGAGAAACCAUUAUCCUGCAAUCUGAAUCACUGCGAGAUGUAUUCGUGCGUGCUGGGAAAGGAGGAGGAAACUGCACUGUCGAUCAUCGAUCCAGUCACCGUCAACAUCGAAAUCAAUAAGGAUCGCAUCCUGGAGAUCUACCUCAACUCUCUGACCGUGCGACUGUCCUACUACGACAUGCGAAUGUUUGCGCAGAUCCUGAAUUCGCUGCCGCAGCAGAUGUUCUCGCGCAAGAAGAACAACGAUCAGUUCUCAGAGAUCACAAGGAAGCGGAUCGAGAAGCUGACAGCGUUGGGUUUCAACGCUGAAGAUUGCGUCGCAGCAUUGAACAGCUGCGGCCAGAAACUAGACGAUGCCGCUCUUUGGCUUACCCAGAACGCCGUCCCCAAUUACAUAAUAGCAUCGGAAGAUUCCACCUGCAAGGUGGUAGCAAUUGAGGUAAAAUCGGAUAAUAUAUUCUUGUGCGUGAUCGAUGAUUGCGACGAUGCGGACGUACCGCUGCUAGAGCUCACGCUCUCUCAGUUGCAUUUGAAGCAGGGUUUGGUGAAGUUGGAUGCGAAUUCUAUGGAAAGUCCCACGAAGGGGAAGUUGGAGUGCGUCUUCGGCAGCGAUUACUACAAUCGCGUUUUAUCCGGCUGGGAGCCAAUCAUUGAACCUUGGAGGUGUAUAGUUAUUUGGGAUCAUACGCACACGCACGACGUGUCUAGGAAUCGUUUACAGUUGACCGUCGAGUCCGGCGACUCUCUGAACGUGAACAUUACCACCACGUUGACGGAGCUCUAUAAGCAGGUCAGGGAUAGUUGGACACUGGAUUUGAGCAAGGCGCAGAAGAGUUCCAUGGCUGGUUACAGGCAGAGAUCUCCGUUCGUACCAUACGCGUUGAAGAACGAGACCGGAUCACCUUUAUACUACAGCACUCUGAUCACCGAAAUGGAUGAUAUCUAUGAUAACGAUGAUGUCAAGAAGAGCGGUAACAAGUGGUACACGGUUGCACCCGGUGAAACCGUUCCCUUCUCCUUCAAAAGCAGAGUUAAAAUCAGGCACAGCGAUUCGCACAAGAUGCGCAUGCAUCAAUUGGGAGUUCAGAUCGAAGGAUUCCAGCACAUCACUCCAGUCACCGUGGACAAAGUCGGAGUAUACUUCAGGCACGCAACUGCUUCAAUUCAAAAUAGGAGUCAAAAGGAAAUACCUCAAGCCAGGAUAGUAUUCGAUGUGGCGUUGGAGGGAUCUGCCAGAAAGUUGGUGACGGUUAGAUCGGCUUUGCUGCUAAUCAACAAAUUACCUGAAAGCGUUGAGGUGAAGUUGGAGAGCCAAUUGCCACACGAUGCGGGCACGAUUUGGGCGCCCAGUAAGGUUUUUCAGGUGGAAAAGGGAUGUAUUCUACCAGUGCCUUUGGUGCACGCCCAUUCCAUAAUCGGUGUACGACCAUUGGACGUCGAACAAAGGUACACCUACUGCAAUCCAUCGAUAUCCUGGGAGUCAACCAGCCUCGCCGGAGAUCUCAUGCACGAAAUCAAGACGUGCCACUCGCAUCGCGGAAUGAUUUAUCGUUUCUGCGCGGAGAUCCAUCGUCAAAAUUAUCCUCCUGAUAAGUCGAUCGUUAUAGCAGGAUACAGCAAUCAGAGACCUCAGCCUGCGCACACAAUCACGUUACUUCCGAACGUGCUGCUGGUAAAUUUGCUGCCUGUUGAUUUGAGCUAUGUGGUUGGUAAUGAGAGGGGUCGUGUCGGGGCUGGAGCGGAGGUGGCACUUACUAACAUCAACACGGAUAAGACUUUCGAGCUGAAGGUACUUUUGGAAAACUUCCCGACGAGCACGGCGCUCCAGGUUCCCGCCGGUACGACGAACUUUACGUACAAACUGAGGCUGGAGGAUACGAGAGGCAGGAAGUUAUAUUUGAAUGCCGUCGUUGCGCCUUACUACGAUUCCAAGGUGAAGAUUAUCAUCUCCACGCCGUUCUGGAUCGUGAACAAAACCGGACUGCCGCUGGUGUUCAGACAAGGCGGAGUUACCGCCGAAGCUGCCGGUCAAUUCGAUGAGCACGAAGAGGCCAGGAUGGUUCAACCUUUCCUCUUCAGCUUCGCAGAUCCCGAUGGAAGUCCCAGUGUGGUUGCGCGCGUUGGAACCUACGUGAUUCCCAACGGAGGGGCUCAAUGGUGCCAGAAUUUCCAUCUGCAGCGGGGAGUGCAAGUGAAGAAGUUGAAGGUCACCGUUCGGGAUGGUAAACCAGAUGUUGUUUUCGUCGUGGGUAUUGAGGUGCGGCAGGGUCGCGGCAAGUACAGGCAAACGUGCAUAGUGACCAUUUCACCGCGAUUCCAACUCUUCAACAAGAGUUCCUACAAAUUGCUGUUCACGCAACGCUGCUUCGCUGGAGACGUUCUCGAUCCGAACUCGCACUACCUGACGGCAUUCUCCAACUGCUAUCUACCGUUCCACUGGCCCAGAUUGGAUCAGGAGCAGCUGCUCUGCGUUCUAAUCCAGGAUAUUCCAGAUUGCUGCUGGUCCGGUGGUUUGAAAAUUGACUCCAAUUACUCUCAGCACAUCAACGUGCGCGACGCAAACGGUCGGAUGUUCUUUUUGAGAUUGGAGGUGGUCCUCCAGUGCGCCACUUUCUUCAUAGUCUUCACCGAUGCGGAUACCAUGCCGCCUCCUAUUCGUAUCGACAACUUCUCCGAGGUUCCCGUCAAGUUCGUGCAGACCUGCUGCAAGGAUUACGUGCAUAGCGUAGCUCGUGCCCAUUCCAGCGUUCCUUAUGCUUGGGAUGAAUCCACCAAGGACAUGCUUCUCACCGUUGAAGCACCGGGUGGAGUGUCCGGAGUUUACAACAUCAAAAAUCUUGGCCCUGCGUCCAGUCUGACCUACGAAAACUUCAUUUACAUAGCGUUCACCGGCACCUUCAAAAAGGAUAGGGGAGUGGCUGAUCCACUUGACGUGGAAACUCAGGAAUUGGUGUUGGACGUGCAUAACAACAGGGUGGUGUUGGGUCGGAAGGAGCACGGUAGGCGGUCUCAGCUUUGGCGGAUGACAAGCACUGGCCAAUUACAUCACGAGGGUAGCAGCCCGCCCCUUCAUCCCGGCCAACAGCGGACCGAGAACAUACUCGUGCUCGACAUCGAGGGCACCGCCCCUCAGCCUAGUCAGUACACGAGGCUCGUCCUUCGAAGACCCGAUCCUCGGAGGAAGAGCACGCAGACCUGGCGCUUCACCGAAGAAGGAAGACUCAGGUGCGUCCAUCAUAACAUGUGCGUGCAGGCGCAGGACGGUUUCUUCGGAUUAAGACAAGGUAGUAGAAGCCUAGCUUGCUGGCAACAGUGGAAUGCUGCGGUUCUAGGACUUCCACAGCCUAUCUGUCACAGGACGACGGAUACGGGAAUCCCUCUAGAACAGGCGGUGAGUCGUCAGAGACUCAGACCUGGUUCCGGUUACCUUUCCAUCGAAAUCACCACCGAUGGACCCACGAGGGUGCUCAACGUGUACGACAUGCGGGAGAAGAAAAAGGAGCGGAUGUUCGCAUCUCCAGAUGAACGCGAUUGGUCGAGUAUCGCGGUUAAGCAACGCCCAAAUCUGCAUUACGCUGAGGAGAAGGAGGAUGACGUGAAGCUGGAGCGAGAGGUGCAAUUCACUCUGCGUCUGAACGCGCUCGGUAUCAGUCUGAUCUCGAGGAAUCCAGCGCAGGAGCUGCUGUACGCGCAGUUCAGCAACAUCGUCGGAGAGGUGCUCACCACCUCGAAGACGAAACGUCUGUGCAUCAGCGUGGAGAACAUUCAGAUCGAUAAUCAGUUGUUCGAAGCGCCCAUCCCCAUAUUCCUGUACGUGACACCACCAAGUGGCAGGGGCGGAGACGAUGCUCAAUCCAAGCUUCCGGCACUCGACAUCCGCGUCGAAAUGCAACCUGUAGUCAACGAGAACGCCAUCAUCUUCAACUAUUUGAUUGUCCGUCUGAAGAAGUUGACUGUGCAUCUGGAGGAGCGACUGCUGCUGAAACUGUGCGAGUUUGUCAGCUACAAUUCGCGCGAGGAGGAGCUGUGCAACGCGGACGAAAAUGACCACGAGAUCCAGAAGAUCCUUACUCAAGUGUCGGCGUCACACGCAACUCGUUACUACUUCGGCAUAAUACAGCUCUGUCCCGAUCAGAUCAGAUUGAGCAUGAAGACUGCAACCAAACUACCGAAGACAUUGGUGAAUAUCAAGAGGAAGCUGGGUUUGACGCUGAUCAAGUUCGAGGACGCCGGCGUCGAUCUGGAGACUUACAAACGAGAGCAUCUCUUCGAGACGAUGCAGUUCCUUAUGCAUUCCGUUGUCAAGCAUUUCAAAGACGAGCUAAUAUGGCAAGCGGGAAUAAUAUUGGGAUCGGUCGAUUUCCUCGGCAAUCCUAUUGGAUUCAUGAACGACGUCUCCGAGGGUUUCUCCGGCUUGAUACACGACGGUAAUGUUGGUGCUCUGGUGAAGAAUGUCGCACACGGCAUCUCAAAUUCUGCGGCGAAGGUAACCGAGUCUCUGUCCGACGGUCUCGGAAGAGUGGCCAUGGAUGAUGAGCACGAGGAGAUCCGUCAGAAGAUCAGGCACGUGAUACCGGGUAGCAGCAAGGAUCAUUUGGUUGCGGGCAUUAAAGGAUUGGGCUUCGGAUUUUUGGGUGGAGCCACCGGCAUCUUCAAGCAGGUCUACCAGGGCGCCGCCAACGAGGGAUUGCCGGGCAUGUUCAGCGGUUUCGGAAAAGGAAUAGUCGGAGCAGUCGCGAAACCCGUCGUCGGCGUGCUGGAUCUUGCCUCUGAGACUGCGCGGGCUGUGAGGGAUUCCAGUCGGACCUCCUCGAAGAUGAUGCCCAAAAGAUCACGUCCACCUAGAUGCGUAUUCGGUCCGGGUGGACUGUUGCCUAGAUACAGUCUAAAACAGAGCGUCGGACAGCAGUAUUUGUUCAACAUUAACGAUAGGAAUUUCGAUGAGCAAUUGGUGGCGUACGAGAAUCUACGUGGCGGCUCCGAAAACCUGCGAGUGCUUAUUUCCGAUCAGCGCGUGAGGAUCGUCACGAAGCCGACUCCGCAAAACGUGACGACGGUUAUUGAAGUAAACUUGAGCGAUUUGGAGAAGUGCAGGGCGAUCCAGAAAACGGAAGGAGGCGAUUCUCGUCACUACAUCGAGCUGACCGUUCAUGUGACAGGAUCCAGUAUGACCCUGGUCUACCAGGACCCAGUGAAGAAGCCCAAAGUGCGAUGCGAUUCGCUCGAAGUGGCCAAGAUCGUCACGAGACAGGUCAACUACGCUAAACGUCUCUAUGACGAGAGGAAGCACACUUUAAACACUGACAAUAUUACGUACGAAGACUGAUACCAAAUUUAAUUUGAUCUAUUCACUUUUUCCGCUCUUCUUCGACUUUUCCCUUAACUCCGUUUAUUAUUUCUGACUUCUGGUUGUGCCUUAUACAUUCACAAUUACAUUUAUUACAUCCUUAUUUCUUGUCACAGUUUUCCCUUAGUUUGUUUAUGUUUCUUUUUUUGUUUAUCACUGUUGAUUAUUGUUUAGGUAACUUGUGUACAUACUGUAACAUACUGUAUAUAAGCUCAUUUACUUAAUAUUUUCGUUUGUG